GCGUAUUAUGUAGUCAUGCAAAAUCCGAGCCAUCAGGCCCUGUCGCUAAAUCAAGCAUUUCGACGCUUGUUCCACUUGUUGGCCGCUGGUCUACUCCUUCCCGGUAGUGCUGGGGUAAUCGAUCCAUGUGAACCGGGAAACAUUCGUCUACACACAGCCUUGAGUCUGGCAGAUCAGGACGAACUGUGUUGUACGGCACAAACGUUGCUUCGAGUCCUUAUGCACGGUGGCUAUGACACGCUAUUUCAUUUUGACGAGAACGCGGAUGGAGCCACUCGAGAACGAUUCCUCGCGGCAGCUUCGGCGGAGUGUAAAGUGCCCAUUGAAUGGUCCGAAUCGGUCGGCUUGUUGCCCAGUGCGGAAUGUCCAUCACCAGAGACGACCGAACCAAACAAAACCCCCGUCUCAGUUUCCACUUGA